AUGGCACCCGCGAUUGAGGACCCACAUCCGGCAGAGCAGGUAGAGCUGGGGUUCGGCUUGGUAGAUGAGGACACCUAUGCCGACGUGGUUGACAGCCACGUCCACAGGGUCUAUACGGACGGCAGCAAGAUUGAGGGUCGCGUUGGAGCCGCCCUUUCCGUAUGGAAAGGUGAGGCCGAGACAAAGGCCAUUAAGCUUGCGUUGCCACCGUAUUGUACCGUCUAUCAGGCUGAGCUCCUAGCGCUCAAAAGAGCAGUAGACAUAGCUUGCAAGAGCGGAGCGGCAAAGGUCGGUGUCCUCAGCGACUCCAGAUCGGCACUCCAGGCGGUUACCCUGAGUUCCCCUCAUCCACUGGCUGUGCAAACACGGGCGGCCCUCCGAAAAGCUGCAUUGCAGAGGCGGGAGGUCUCCCUGUUUUGGAUUAAGGCGCACGCAGGGCUUAAGGGGAACGAACGGGCAGACGAGUUAGCCAAGGAGGCCGCCCUGGGGUUGAGGGAUACGAUCAGCGAAUGGGAUAGGAGAUACGAUGUAGGAGGAACGGCCGGAGUCACGAAGCUCUUUUUUCCAAGCGCUGCUGCUGCAUACAAGGUAGUCAGGAAAAUGGACAUCACACACCACACCACACAAGUACUGACCGGUCACGGCGGAUUCGCCUUCUACUUGAACAGAUUCAAGCUGAAGGAUAAUCCGUCGUGUCUAUGUCAGCCUGGAGUUGAGGAGACGGUUCCUCACCUGUUACUCGAGUGUCCAAUUUUUGCAAAAAAUAGAUAUGCUAUUGAGCAAAAAUUGGGCAUGGCGAUGACGGGUGAGAAUCUGCCUUCCGCCCUGGGGGACAAGUGUAGGGAUGCGUUCCUACAAUAUUGUAGAAAUAUUGUAGUCGUAGUGAACCAAAGGAAUAGUGUGUGAUAUUAGUUUAGCUCUUUACUGUGA